GAGUGGAGUGGGGGCUGAUUUUUCCUGAUGCUAACGGGGAGUACCAGUCGCCUAUUAACUUGAACUCGAGAGAAGCUAAAUAUGACCCCUCGCUCCUGGAAGUGCGUUUGUCGCCAAACUACGUAGUGUGUCGUGACUGUGAAGUGAUCAACGACGGGCACUCAAUUCAGAUUGUCCUGAAGUCAAAAUCAGUGUUAUUAGGGGGGCCAUUACCUCGAGGACAUGAGUUUGAACUACACGAUGUUCGAUUUCACUGGGGGAGAGAAAACCAGCGUGGUUCUGAACACACGGUUAAUUUUAAGGCCUUUCCCAUGGAGGUAAGAGUGACACUGCAUUGCAUAACACCCGCUAAAUGCAAAAGAUUUUAUUUCAUAGCCUGAAUUCCUGGUAGUUCAAAAGAGAGUUUCUUUUAGCUCAGCUUUAUUGCUUUAUAUUUCAACUACAAAGCUAUCUUGCUGAGGUGUGCUUUAGUACAGGUAAAUUAGGAUAUGCAUCUGGAAUAGAAUGCCUCCAGCACUCAUCACAUUGUAUGAUUAAUUGGUCAUAAAGUUAACUUGCAGAAUUAUUAACUUCUGUCUUAAUAAUAUUAGUGUUCUAACAAGAUCUGCCGUUUCAACACUUCCUAUGUCACCUUGACUAAUAGCUAUAGAUGGGGAGAAGUAGCCACUGGAAAUAUUUCCAUGGUGAAUAAUAACAAGUUAGGUAAA